AUGUACAUUACUUUCACCUUUUUCGAGGAAGAAACAGGUCACGGUGAUCAGGACCAAUCUCAGACCAGAGUCAAAUACAGUGGAGCCAGAGAUGAUGGAGACAUAACAGCCCCUUCACCGGCAAUCUCAACCAACCCAACAAAUGUUGCCGCAACCGGGGCCAUCAAAACCGGCAGAACUCCCCGGAAGCUCAACCCUGACUACAACCACGACUCAUCUGGUAGUGGGUCCUGGUAUGGGAAAAUCCCUGCAAGUGGGAAUAAUGACAAUUACAUUUUGCCCCAUUUUCAUAUCCGUGCAUGGUGUGUUAUCUCACAAGCUAUGGAUAAGAAGAAAGUUUUAUUGGAGCUGCUAAAUCAGAUCAAUCCCAUUAGCCAACUUUUUGACCUCAGUGAGCAUGAUUUAGUGGAAAAGCUCUGGGGCAGUUUAAAAGGAAGGAGAUUUCUCAUACUUUUGGACGAUUUAUGGGACAUUGAAGCAUGGAAUAGCUUGGGUAGAUCAUUCCCUAAUGACACUGUUGCAAGCAGAAUUCUUUUGACAAGUCGUCAUUCUAAUGUUGCUCCUCGUGAGAUGUUGCACAGCCAAGAACCUCAUCUUCUUCGACAACUCAAUGUAGACGAGAGCAUGGAGUUGUUGAAGAGGAAGCUAUUCCCAGGAAAUGAUGGUUGGACACCUGCACUAGCUGAUCUUACAAUGCAAAUCACUGCAUACUCAUUUCCAGAAGAUGCAGAUGUUUCAGCAGACAGGUUACUCUAUCUAUGGAUGCCAGAAGGUUUUGUUCGAAAAGAUGAGCGAAAGCGCAUACAAGAUAUUGCUAAAGACUACUUGAAUGGUUUGAUUGACAGGAGCUUAAUUAUGGUUUCCAAGGCGAAAAUGCGAUGGUGGAAUCAAAACAUGCCGCAUUUCCAUUACUUGCUUCAUGAGUUUUGCUUACAGAAAGCCAAAGAUGAACAUUUUUUUCCAUGUCCUAAAGGGACGUGA